AUGUCGCCACCAGCCAAACUGGAUCUGGGGGUCGACCUCUUCGACGACGACGACCAGAAAAAUAUUUUUUGGGCUAGUUGCGACAUUGAACGCGAAACUUUCACACAAGGUGCUGUUGGCCAAGCCGAGCACAUUGCUCUAUUCAAAACCCCACGUUUCAUUGUAAAGUUUGGAGAUACAGCCACCUUUAUGUUUCUGGUAGCGACAUUGCGAAAUCUGGGAUUGGCAAGCUUGAUCAUGAAACUUGCACCCAAGGUGCAGUUGGCCAAGCCGAGCACAUUGCUCUAA